GUAUAACAUAAGUGCCACAGGCUGAUAGCUUCCAAUCCACGCCGCAUUGAGGCAGUAAUUGCUGUUAUAGGGGCCCAAACCAAGUACUGCGUACAUACAGUAUGCAUGCUUAUACUUUUCAGAGGUCCGAUAUUGUUCUACAGGCUUUUGUCACUGUGAAGAUCACGUACAAUACACGUCACUGCGUUUAUCAGUAAAGGAGAAACAUUAUAAGAAUAUCUGACAAAUUCAGUUGCUGAACAAGACAAUGUCUGACAAGAACCAAACCUUAGAGCUUCCUGAUGCACACGGAGGGUGUCUAGAGGAAAACCCGGGCACUGGGCUUUUAAACGUGAAGGAAGAGGAUGAGACAGAUGACAUGAAUAGUCAUCAGACUGAAAUACAUUGGUCCCUCCCUGCGGGGUGUCUAGAGGAAAACCCGGGCACUGGGCUUUUAAAUAUGAAGGAAGAGGAUGAGACAGAUGACAUGAAUAGUCAUCAGACUGAAAUAAAUUGGUCCCUCCCUGCGGGGUGUCUAGAGGAAAACCCAGGCACUGGGCUUUUAAACGUGAAGGAAGAGGAUGAGACAGAUGACAUGAAUAGUCAUCAGACUGAAAUACAUUGGUCCCUCCCUGCGGAUGGAGAUAAAUCCGAUAUAGUGAAAGUUGAGAAACCAGACCAUCUGUCUGUGAGGCCUCUGCUGGGAGCCCCGGAUAAGCAAACCAAUGACAGUAUCAGCCCAAACGCAGACAACGCUGAUAUAGUGAAAGUUGAGAUAACAGAAGAUCUGUUUACGUGUGAUCAGGUGAAGACCGAGGAGGAUGAUGUUCCUAUAAAUACGUCUGCAGGUGAAAUUACAAACUACAGUAAUCCUAGUGAUAGUGAACAUACAGAUGCUUGUUUCAAUCUUCAAAUCAAAGAAGCCACAUGGGAAAAAUUGUGUUCUGAAUAUGGGGAAUGUGUUACCAGGAAAUCAAAUAUUUCAGGACAUCAGAAAUCUCAUACAAGAGAUGAGAACCAUUUUCGUGUUCUGAAUGUGGGAAAUGUUUUAAUCGGAAAUCAUAUGUUAUAAGACAUCAGAAAACUCAUACAGGAGAGAAAGCAUUUUUAUGUUCUAAUUGUGGAAAUGUUUUGCUGAGAAAGCAAAUCUUAUUAAGCAUGAGAAAAUUCAUACAGGAGAGAAAGCAUUUUCAUGUCCCCAAAUGUGGGAAAUGUUUUACUGAGAAAUCAACUCUUACUAAGCAUCAGAAAAUUCAUACAGGAGAGAGAGAGUUUUUAUGUUCUGAUUGUGGGAAAUGUUUUGCUCAGAAACCACACCUUAUUGCACAUCAGACAAUUCAUACAGGAGAGAAAAUAUUUUCAUGUUAUGAUUGUGGGAAAUGUUUUGCUCGGAAAUCAGUUCUUGAUAAUCAUCUGAAAAUUCAUUCAGGAGAGAAAGCUUUUUCAUGUUCUGAAUGUAGGAAAAGUUUUUCUCGGAAAUCAGUUCUAGUUAAUCAUCAGAAAAUUCAUAAAAAAGAGAGAGAAUUUUUAUGUUCUGAAUGUGGGGAAAGUUUUGCUCAGAAAUCAAUUCUUAUUAAACAUAAAAAAAUUCAUACAGAAGAGAAAGCAUGUGACUGAGCAUCCCUACAUAGGUUUGAACAGCCAAGUGAUCACCUGGUGUAAAUAAAAUGUGCUUAGUAUGGUAGAGUAUGGUAAAGAGCCACUACGUGCAGAUCAUAGUUAUAUAAAUAUACCCAAAGGCUCAUAUACGGUAUAUAUUUUUUAAACAUUUUUAGAUACUGUUAAGUGUAUUAUAGUCAGGGUAUCACUGAGGUUACAGUGUUUGCCUAGCUGGAAUUUAAAUUGACCUGGUGUUUAGGUGGACAGGGCAAGUCCUACUUUAAUAUCAAAAGUGCAAGAGGCUUCCAAAAGCCCUCUUUUCUGGUUAAGAUCACCCCCUAGCUGAAUAAAUGUAUAUUAUAUAGUUUUUAUUUUGAUUUCCAAUGCUAAAAAACUGAAUUAUUCUCUAUUUCUGUUUAUUUUAGUAAGGUUACUUAGUGCAAUUAUAGAUCCAUAAAUGUUUUGACUAUAUUUGUUUAUCUAAAUUGUAAUAAAAAAAAAAAAAAAUUCUCA